AAAAUUAAUUAGUUACUUUCAGAAAUAAUCAGUUUUCAUUGCUUUUUAAUUUAUGAAGAUGAAGUCAGUGGAAGGUGUCAUAGUUGUUAUAUAUUUUUUGUGUGCUUUGAAUCGGUUUACGAAUGCACAGGAUAAUGUUACAGAAGUAAGUAACACUACAGCGAUUUCAGUAACUACGGUUUCGCCAACUACAGUGCCAGAAGAUGAAGAUGACGAAGAUGCAUUUAAUAUCAAUGUACCCUACUGCUUUAAUUUUACAUGGUUGGGUCCUAGAUACGACAACUCAACUAGUUACAAUGGUAGCUGUACGGAAUGGAAAAGUGAAAAUCCAACAAGUGGCAUACCAUGCGCCGAUCCUUUUGUUGUAACGUAUGAUGGAUCAGAGCCUAACAUUGAUUAUAUAUGGACAAAUCAUAGGUCUUCUGUGCUAUGUAGACAGGCCACUGGAGAUAGCUGUAUCAAGUGGAGCUACUACUUCAACAAUGCACUUCAAAAUGUUACUCGAAUGUGUGGUAGAGUUUAUACUGAAAAAGGGGACCCGGUAUCUAAGGGCUGUUACACACAAGUGGUAAAUGGAUAUACAAUAGAGUUUUGCGUGUGCAGAUCUUCGUCAGGUGGACUAAAACCUUGUAAUAAUGCUAACACUAUCAGUGGUUUCAAAAUAGGCCUCACCUUUACGACAGCUCUGUUAUUUUAUUAUUAUGCGUUAUGUUAUUCCUAAUUAUAUAAUAUAUGCAAGACAAUAUUCCUUUAAAAAGAAAAUAAUUAUACUCCUAUAAAUUGAUAUCCUAACUGAUUUUUUAUAUUGAAUGAAAUUUUACUUUCUUCUAGUAUACGAAUAACUUAUUGAUUUUUAAUUAUUUUGUACAUAUUAUUAUAUAAUUGUUAUUUUUAUUAAUGUGUUAUGAAGAAAUAGAUAUAUAGAUUACAAAUUAAUUUAA